UGAAACAAACCAAAACCUACAUCCUCUUGAGUGCAACUAUAUUAGGACUGGGAGACCGCUGAUAUUUCAGAAUCAGAAGUGACAGCAGCCAGUGAAGAGAACUCUGCAAAACUAUUUAUCAGCCUCUACCGAAACUGAUUGAAUUAUGCUCCAGCUCAAACCAUUAUCUAUUGCUCUUAUCCUUUUCCUUGGAAAUAUGAUGACUGAAACUGAUGCCAAAGCCAUCUCAAAGAGGCAUAUUCGUCGUGAUUGGAUGAUUAUUCCUGAUACAAUUGCAUUAAAUGUAUAUGAGUUAGUAAACAAAGUGUCACCUAAAGUGGCUGAGUAUUUGGUUAAUGUUGUCCAGACACCAGCUAUUCUUGAAACAAGGAACUUCCUGAUAAAAGAAACAGCUAAAAUCAACGUACUGGCUGAACAAUUCAUGGCAAAAUUAUAUGCAUUAUGGGAAGAAUUGAAAGAAUCAGCACAGCAAUAACACCUUCAUGAAUCUGUGAAAUAUUUCCUUGCGUUUUUGAAUAUACAAGAGAUUAAAAAAAAUCAGUGCUGUAAAGGCAGUUCUUGCCAGAAGAUGCUGGGGGAGUGAAUAACCUACGUUCAGCAAGAAUAAAUUAUAAAGGGUUUUUUUAAUAACAAAUAUUACUUGUUUCUUCUAUUGGAAAUAAUCACAAUAGAACACUUAACUCAUUUCAUUAACACUUGACUCCUGUGUUUGUGUGUGUAUGUGCACGUCCUUUCCAGUUAUGGCAAACAUUUCAUGCAAUGUGGUCCAUGAAAGUUUAUCCAUGGCUAUGCUAAAUAAAUCUGCCAACCUUAA